AUGGAGGAGACCGAGGAGUGUCUGCCGGUGACCGUGGAGGGAGACUGGACCCCAGCUCAGAGUAAAACCGUGAAAAACAAACUCCAGGUUUAUUUCCAGAGUAAGAAGAAGAGUGGGGGAGGAGAGUGUCGAGUGGAGGCCGAGGAUGGAGCACCGAGAGCGGCUGUUUACUUCAGAGCAGAGGAGGUGAGAGAGACAGUCCUCGCCUGUCAAAACCACCAAAUCAUCGUUGACGGUCAGACUGUGAAGUUGCGCCUGAGUUCUGAACCACUCCCUCCCCGCAGUGACGCCCCAGACACAUCAAAGGAGUUAAAGACACCAGAGCCAGAAGCUGAGCCUGAAGUUGGAGCUUCUGCAAAGGAAAAAGACGAGUCCGUUGAGAGCGUCUCUGUGGUUCUGGAUAACGUUGGAGCUAACAUGCCCAGAGAUCUGCUGCUCAUGCUGGUGGAGAACAUCUCUGGUUUGGACGACAGCUCCUACAGUCUGGAGAUCAUCUAUGAGAGCAACAGAGCUGUGGUCACCUUUAAUAGUCCUGCAGAUGUGGAGAAGUUCGUCUCUGUGAGUCCGACCAACAAGAUGAUGCAAAAACACAAACUGACUGCCAGGCCGCUGGAGGUGGGAAAGAGUGUUCGAGUGGAGAAACUGCCUGCUGCGGUGAUUGAAGACAUGUUGGAGCUGUAUUUUGAUAAGAACUGGGCUCUGCCAGAGGACAUCCUCAUGAUCCCUGAUGAAGAGGCUGCCAUCGUCACUUUCAGGGACCCCAAAGUUGUGAAACGUGUUUGUAUCAAACAAGACUAUUUGAUUGGAUCCUUUCCUGUCAAGUUGUACCCAUACUUUGACUCCCUUGGUACCGCUCUUUAUGGCAAAGAAAGACCAGCAUGGAAGAUGCCUGAGCCCUUCACUGAGAACGUUAACCACAUUAUCUGGAAAUACCUCCAGAAGAAGAAACUCCUGAACAGCAUCAGUGAUCAGAUGCGUCCAUACUUCUGCAGAGUUAACAUGGGCCACCCUGAAGCGAAGCUUAGCCCUAUCCCUAACUUUCUGAGGCAAAAAGGUCUGACUGCCCAAAAAGUCGAUAUGUGGAAGAGCACUGCUCUAGACGCCUUCCGUCAGCACAUGUCUCAGUACACGGCAUUCGAAUGUCCAGCAAACGAACCAGCAUGGAAGGCUGCAGAAGGAGAUGUCCGCUUGGUUGUCAAGGAUGAUGCUUUACUGGUUUUUGAUUCAUCCAGAGGGGUUUUGACUGUGGCUGGUGGAGUUGACAGUAUCAAAAAGAUCAGGGCUCCUGUGGAAAACAUCGUCCUUAAGGCCAUCAAUCACAUUGACCGUCAGACAAAUGGUAUCUCUGAGGAAGUCAGUUUGUCCCCUUCAAUGUUGUACAUCCUGCAACAGGUUGGACUGCGGAAAGCUGCACAGGACAUUUCCCCAGAGAUGAACCUUGCCUAUAACAAAAACUCCCAGAGAUUAACCAUUACAGGCCUCACUGCAGAAGUCUACAAAGCCAAGGCAUGGAUCUCGGAGCAAAACGUUGCUAUGGUUAAGAAACACAUCAAAGUUACCUGUGGUAUUUUGGACUUUCUCAAGAGUGUGGAUGCCAUGGAUAUGUCACAGCAUCUGUUCACAUCUCAAGGCAUCAGUGCCAUCUUCAGCGUUGAAAGCAAGGGGGUUCUACUGCUGGGUAGUUCAGACGGUGCCCUUGUUGCUGCAGAGAGUAAGAUGAAGGCAGUUUUGACAGCCAGUACUCUAGAUGUGGAAGACCAGGGGGUUCUGAAUCUUCCUAACUGGGCCAACCUGAACAAACAACUUUUGGACAGCUACAACUUCUCAAAGAAGAAAACUGUGUCCAUUCAGAUCUGGUCAGAAGAAAAAGACAAAAUAAUGGUGGCCGGUUUCCAAAAUCCAGUGAAAGAAGUCAGUGGUAACCUGAUGGAAUUCAUCAGGAACUACUCUCGAACUCAAGAAGUUGUUCGUGUAAAGUCUGUUGCUGUUCAGUUCAUUGACAAACAGAAAACACUAGAAUGGACCAGCAUUGAGAAAGACAACGAUGUUAAAGUCAGUUUGGAUCCACUGAGGCAAAGAAUCACUAUCAGAGGGGCUCGUCUUCAUGUCCAGAAAGCUAAAUCCUGCUUUAGGGAACUGACCAGUUCUCUCUUCACUGACAGGCUAAGUGUGAACAAGCCUGGAGCAAAGAAGUACUUCCAGUCUCAAGAGAGCUGGUUUCAGGCCACCAUCAUGUCAGAGUUCAGCUGUGUGGUGAUGCUUCGUCCUGAGAAUCAAGAGGAAGAAGAGGAAGAGAUCUAUGAAGAAGGAAAUGGCUGUUAUUGCAAAGUGAGGACUGCUGGUGGGGUUCUGGUGUCCGUGAGCAAGGCAAACAUCUGUAGUUUGCGUGUUGAUGCGGUGGUUAAUGCAGCUAAUGAGGAAUUGCAGCACAUUGGUGGCUUGGCUCUGGCACUGCUUAAGGCUGCAGGACCAGAGCUGCAGAAAAUCAGCAACGACUACGUUUCCAACCAUGGAAAACUGAGUCCUGGUGAUGCUGUUGUUACAGAUGCAUGUGACCUACCUUGCAAGUACAUCGUGCAUGCAGUCGGUCCUCGGUUCUCUGACUUUGACAGAAAGACCGCAGUGUCCCGUUUAAAGCGUGCCGUUAGAGAGAGUCUUCAAGAAGCUGAAAGAGUGAACUGCACCAGCAUCGCACUGCCAGCCAUUAGCUCAGGUGUGUUUGGUUUUCCUGUGGACCUCUGUGGUGAGACCAUCGCUCAGGCAGUACGGGAGUACUGCGACAGUCCAGGAAGCGAAGGAUCACUGACUGAGAUUCACUUGGUAGACAACAACGACAACACUGUGAAGGUCCUGGCAACAGCCAUCAACAAAGAGUUCAGCGAUCUUGGACCAACAAUGACAGUACCGCAGCAGGCUGGAGGACAAAGCCCUGGAGCUUCAGGUGGAUUUCAGUGGGGACGAGGCAGAGGAUAUCAAAGAGGAGGAAGAGGAUAUCAAGGAGGAGGAAGAGGAUAUCAAGGAGGAGGAAGAGGAUAUCAAGGAGGAGGACGAGGGUAUCAAGGAGGAGGAAGAGGGGCUGGUGAGGCAGGAGCUGGAUUUCAGAGAGAUCCCCAUGGUGCCAGGGGAGGUCAGAGCCCCAGGGGGCACAACAGACAUGGAGGCCAUGGAGGCAAACUCACAGUGAUGAUGUUUCAUUCCUGGUUUGUGUGCAGGCCUGGGAGGAUGGAGCAGACCACUCCUGAAGGUUUGAAGAUUUCUUUGUUGAAGGGGAACAUUCAGGACCAGAUGACUCACGUCAUCGUCAACACCAUCUCAGAAGACAUGAAUCUGUCACAAGGAGCUGUUUCCAACGCCAUCCUGCAGGCAGCUGGACCCGGCCUUCAGGAUGCUGUUCGGUCUGAAGCUGGUGUGACCAUGCUGCAGUACGGAGACGUCAUCACCACCGACAGCUUCAACCUCAUGUGCCGGAAGGUCUUUCAUGUGGUUUGCCCCAGGUGGGACAAUGGAGGCGGUGAUGCAGAGGAGACGUUGGUAACUAUCAUCAGAUAUUGUCUGGGGGAGGCUGAGAAGCUCAAGAUGGCAUCGCUGUCCUUCCCAGCCAUCGGCACCGGAAACCUGCGCUUCCCCAGAGACGUGGUGUCAAGAGUCCUGCUGAGAGAGAUCCACGCUUUCAGCAGCAGAGAAACUCCACAACAUCUGAGAGAGGUGGUCAUCAUAGUCCACCCAACUGACAGUCAAACUGUGGAGUGUUUCACCAGAGACUUCAAAGGUCAGGCCAGUCAGAGAAACUUUGAACAUGAUGCCCAAGAGUUUAACGAGUCACCAGGUGGGCAAUCAGCCAGCCAAUCACAGCAGUCCUCAGCCUCCUUCAGUCAGGUGUCAUCUCCCUCCCUCGGCGUGUACAUGAUGCAGAUGCAGACACUCACCCUCGAGGUCUCAUCAGGAGACAUCACCAAGGAGACGUGUGAUGUCAUCAUCAAUGCCUCCAAUUCAACGUUCAACCUUCAAUCAGGAGUUUCUAAGGCGAUCUUAGACAGUGCUGGGAUAAGCGUUCAGCAGGAGUGUGCACAAAUAGUGGGAGCUCCUGGUUACCAGCCUAGUUCAAUGAUCAUGACCUCGGGAGGUCAGCUACCGUGCACGAAGAUCAUCCAUGUUGCUGGGCAGAACGACCCCAUGAAGAUUCAAGAAAUAGUUUACUGUGUGCUGAAGAUUUGUGACGAGCACAAGUUCAAGUCUGUGGCUUUCCCAGCUUUGGGGACAGGUCAAGGAGGGGCCGACCCAUCGCUGGUGGCUGAUGCCAUGGUGGAGGCAGUGGUGGACUUUGUGAGGAAGAAACGCCCAAUGUGGGUGUGCAGUGUGAAGAUCCUGAUCUUUCAGGAGUCUAUGGUGACAGAGUUUCACAAAAGCAUGAAGAAGAAAGAGGGAGAGGUGGUGGAGGAGAAGAGCAUCUUUACCAAGAUCAAAGAUGCUGUAUCAAACACUAUUGGUACGUUUUUCUCUGGAUUUGGGGACGAGCGGGCGAGUUCUGCUAACCUGGUUCUGGAGACGGAGGCGUUUGAGCCGACAGAGUUUGAGCUCUCUUACCAAAAGAAUUUGAGUCAGGCUAAGGAAAGGAUUAAGGACCUUAUUUUGAAGGAACAGGGGGAGAAAACCAUCAAAGACCAGUACAUCAGUCAGCUGUCACAGGAGGACAUGGACAAGCUGAAGGACCUGCAGAGGAAUCUGACAAUCAGCAUCCGUCUGGACCAAGGACAGGAGGAUGAGGAGCCCACAAUCCACCUGGAGGGUCUGACCAGGGACGUGUUGACUGCUGAGUCAGCAGUCAGGGACAUCAUACAACGGGUGGAGAGGCAGGAGAACCGGAAGAGUAAAGCCAUGCUGGUUAAUUCACUUGUGGAGUGGCAGUUUCCACAUCAUGAUGGGACAAUGGUGCCCUUCGACGCCCUCACCAACCUCCAACUGGAGGAGGCUUGGAAGAAAAAAGAAGAUGUGAAGAUCAAGAUCGACAAUGAAAUGUACCUGGCUGAUGUGAGGAUGAAGAAAGCCACGGCAGUGGAAGGACAUAAAUUCUUGGAGCUGUUAAGAAAAGACCUGAAAGAGAGCGCCCCUCUGCCGCCGCACUGGGAGGACAUGAAAGGAGACCUCCUCAAGCUGUUUUCACUGAUCGACGAAACAAAAGAAUACAUGGACGUGAAGACAGAAGUGACCAGGACCGGCCUUAAUGCAAACAUCAUCAGCAUUGAAAGAGUCCAAAAUCCAACACUGUGGCAGAGCUACCAGAUAAAGAAGAAACAACUGGAGAAGAAGAACAAUCAUCAAAACAAUGAGAAGCAACUUUUUCAUGGCACUGGAGCCGGCUCCAUCGAUCUGAUCAAUGAACACGGCUUCAACCGCAGCUACGCUGGAAAACAUGCCGCUGUGUAUGGAAAUGGCACCUACUUUGCUGUGGAUCCGUGCUACUCAGCUCGAGGCUAUGCCACUCCUGAUUCUAACGGGCACAAGCGCAUGUACCUGGCACGGGUCCUGGUGGGAGACUUCACCAAGGGAGCGCAGGGAAUGCUCACGCCGCCAGCUAAGAGUGGCAAAGCCUCAGAUCUGUACGACAGCGUCACUGACGACAAAAACCCUCCAUCUAUGUUCAUCGUUUUCAACGACAUGCAUGCAUACCCAGAAUAUCUGAUCACAUUUACUUAGACAGCCUUGAUUCUCUUAGUGCAGCAGCUCUGAUGAUAAUAACAGUAGACCUUUUAGUAUUCUUCCAGCUCUUAGUAAAAUCAUGGAAAAACUUGUAUUUUCUCAAAUUUUAAACUAACUCUCUGUUAAUGACCUUUGUUUAGAGUUCCCAACAUGCCUACAAAGCUGGACACACAACUUGCACUGCACUAACACACAUGACCAAUGACUUGCUGUACCAGAUAGAUAAUGACAAAGUUGUUGGUGCCAUACAAUUAGAUUUUAGUGCAGUUUUUGAUGUGAUUGACCAUACACUUCUAUUGAAAAAAAUCACAGCUUACGGGUUCAAGGCAGAAGCUGUUAGAUGGAUGAAGAGUUAUUUAACUAACAGAGCACAGUCUUUGUAUUUUAAUGGUAGUUUUUCUAGUACAAAGAGGCUAGAAUGUGGUGUUCCUAAAGGUAGCUGCCUUGGUCCUCCUCUGUUCUCGAUUUUCACAAAUGAUUUACCUUUGGUGUUAAAUAAAUCAUCAGUUGUAAUGUA